AAAAGAAUAAAGAUUUGGCAUUUGAAUGGUAUUUAAAAUCUGCAGUUACUGAACAUAAAUGUAUUCAUGGUAACAACUAUUUUCGAUGGAUAGAAUACGAUAAUUUUAGAAAUAUUGAAGAAGUAGGUAAAGGUGGAUUUUCCGUAGUUUAUAAAAUAUCAUAUGAAUUAGAUGUAGACGUUGCAAUCAAGAUAAUAAAUGAUUCGAAUAAGAAUAAACAACUUUUUUUAAACGAG